UGAACACUAUUGAAUUUUAAUUUAAACGUCUAAAUGAAAUAUUAUUUUUCAAAAUACUUCUAUUCUCCUAUUUCUCUAAUAACCUUCUCUAAUAUACAAAAUUUUAUUAGUGUAUAUAAGAAGAUAUAAACGUAUUACUAGAUAUAAACAAAAAUAUUCAAUGUUUGCAAACUAUUUCUUAUUUGAACACAAGAAUAAAUAUUCCUGAUUAUAUAAAAUAAAAAAAAAACAUUUAUGACAAUUGUCGGAUAAAAUAAUCAUUUCAAUCAACGAUAUUUAGAAUGUGAAUAACUAUCUAAAUCUAAUUCAUCAUUUUAUUGCAAAUAUGGAAUAUUUAACAUAAUGUUCAUUCUUUAUGACACUUAAAACUAUAUUUGUCUAUUCAUAAUUCUUACCCAUUCAUUGUUAUUCGAUUUUUCAUAUUGUCGAAAUUCAAUAAUAAUGUAACAUAUUGUACAAAUUUAUCAUUAUUUAAUGAAAAAUCUAAUGAUAAUGAAUUAUUAGAACGUGUUGCAAAUGAUUUAGUUGAAACAGUACUUACUGAUAUAUUACAUUUACAAAACCUUGAUCAUGAUGAUGAUAAAAAUAGUGGUGUAAGAGAAUUAUCAGAAGAUGAAAAUGGUCUUAGAGAAUUAGAUGAAAAUGAUAUGAAUGAUACAGAUGAAUUUAUUGUUUUUGCAACAAAACCAGGCAUAUCAAAUGAUGAUGAACAAAUAUCAAAUAUUCCACGAUAUAGUCUUAAUAAAUUAUAUACAUUUUCAAAAACACAUCAUAAUUCUAUUCAUAAUUCAAAACAAACAACUUUAAAUCAGAAUACAUCAUCAACAUCAAUACUUGAAAAAAAAGAUGUUAUAGCAACUAAUUCUCAAUUGAAUUCAAAUACAGAAGAAUUAUUUGAUCAAAUUUUUUCUUCAUCUCCUAUUGAAUCACAAAAUAUUAUUUUAAAUGAAUAUAUUGAUAAAAUAAUAUGUCCUUCAAAUAGUCAUUUAGAAAACUAUCGAUUAUCUGAAGGUGUUAACGAAGAAACAGCAAGAAUCGGACGACUUCUACUUGGUAGUAUACCAACGUCUUUCAUUGAUGAUGUUCAUAAUACUUCUCAAACUCCAAUAUCUGUUCAAUCAAAAUUAAAAAAUACUCGAUUUAUUGUACCAAAUCAAAAUGAUAUAUAUGAUUCUCCACGAAAAAUCUAUUCUCGAACUCAACAAAGAAUUCAUGAAGAAUAUGAUGAAGGUAUUAUUAUGAUAUGUAUUAUCAGUCUUUUCUUUUAA